CUUUCCUCAGAGGCCGCACAAGGUGCCGUGUCCUUCGCUUGAAGCUAAGGCCGAACCACCCGGCGACUGGCACCGCGCGCCGCCCGCCAUGGCCUCCGUCUCCGAGCUCGCCUGCAUCUACUCCGCGCUCAUCCUGCACGACGACGAGGUCACCGUGACGGAGGACAAGAUCAACGCGCUCAUCAAGGCGGCCGGCGUGAACGUGGAGCCCUUCUGGCCGGGCCUCUUCGCCAAGGCGCUGGCCAACAUCGACAUCGGCAGCCUCAUCUGUAACGUGGGAGCCGGCGGCGGCGCCCCCGCUGCGGCCGCUCCGGCCGGCGGCGCCGCUCCCGCCGGCGGGGCCGCCCCUGCUGAGGAGAAGAAAGAAGAAGAAAAGAAAGAAGAAUCAGAGGAAUCUGACGAUGACAUGGGCUUUGGUCUUUUUGACUAAGUGCUUUUGUACAUGUCUGUAAUAAAGGACAUUUAAGUGUAA